AUGGACGAUAUUGAAAUGUUUAGAAGUCUUGUGGAAGAAGCUAGCCAUUCUCCGGAGCACUCCGAGGAGUGGACCAAAGCUCUACAAGGGUGCCCAGAUGCAUGGAUCGCCGUGCUCAUUCCAUCGCUGCAAAACGUGACAAGUCUGCGUCUUCGAUAUCAUUGCUCGCCGACUUACUCUAUGCCUAUGGUGGCACGGGCGGCAGUCGGAGAAAAGCCCUUUGACCUGAAUCCAGUCUUCCAGAAGUUGGAAGAUGUCAUGAUCAUAAUGCAAGACGAUAAUAAAGCAUCUUACAGGAUGGAUGACCUUCUUCCAUUCUUUUCUUUUCCGGCGAUGCGGAGCUUCACCGGGAAUGCCAUCAACGAAGAGAAUAGUUGGACAUAUCAGGGGUAUCCAAAGCAAGCGCCCGGGACCUCUGGAAUCAAGAAUCUUCGUUUCGGUCACUGGAGCAGAUGCAAUGGCGAGAACGGGUUUCUGGGCUUUGUCAAAUUGUGUCAAGCUCUGGAAAGCUUUGACUUUCAGCACGAUGACCAGGCAAUUUGGGGCGAAUCCUAUUAUCCCUUCCGACCUGGGGCAUUCUACGCAUCUUUGUCCACCCAGAAACAUAGCCUUCGGGUGAUUCGAUUGAACAACCGAGGACAACAUCCUUGGUAUUUUGAUGCGGAUGACUUCGAUGAGGGGUUUGAAUUGGGUACAUUCGGCUCGAUGAUGGACUUUCAUCAACUGCGCGAGCUUCAAAUACCGUGGGCCACACUCUUGCAGGUCGAUUCCAGGGAGAAGCCCACAGUGAGAGCUUCGGAUAUCCUUCCAGCAAGCCUAGAGCAUCUUCACUUGGCUGACUGUCGAGAGCAAGACUUCUCGGUGAUCAUCGAGGUUCUUCGGGAUAUUCUGAAGCACCGGGAGAAACGAUUUGCAAAUCUCAAAAUACUCGAAGUACAGCCCAAACAAUUGUACCGAAAACCCCCCGGGAAUUAUGUCUUGUGGGUGGACUGCGUAGGAGUCCCCCAGUCGACGAUCGAUACGUAUGCGUCGGUGGAGAUUGAGUGCCAGGAGAAGGGAAUCGAGUUCAGGUUUAACAAAAAUGGAAAACAUCGGAUACCAGGUCCACACUAG